CUCUCCUCUUUCUUUUUCCUGGUUUUCUACCUCUCCAUUCCAUGGAUCAAACUCGUAUUUUGGCCUGGAACUGUCGAGGUCUUGGAGAUACUUCUGCGAUUUCAGAGUUGAAGAAACUCUGUUUCCAACAUAAGCCCAGCAUCAUCUUCCUCUCCGAAACUAAGCGCACAGCGGUGGAGAUGACCUUGAUCCGCCCAGAUCUAGGGUUGGAUCACGUUUCUGUGUGCAAUUAUGCAGAGAGAAGGGGCGGCUUGACCCUACUUUGGAGUGAGGAGAGUAAUCUUCAAGUUUCCUCUUUCUCGCCAUUGAUAGAUCUAGGGCUGGUUUUGCUGUUCUGCAGGCAAUUGUGCAUAGAGAAACCAUCACACAUCGAUGUUGUAAUUGUAGAUCCCGGUGGUUGUCAACUGCCAUCAACAGGAGGGGCCAAAAGGGGAGAAUGUCGGUGGAGGUUGAUUGGAGACGUCGGAGGUGUUCUGCAAGGGGAGAAUGCCACUUCAGUCUCAAAAGGGGUUCUAGUUCCCUUAUUGAAAUUUGGCAACAAGGGUUUGCAAAGGAUUGCAAUAGUUAGGGCAUGGUUGAGAGCCCAUGGCGACAAGGAAGGUGCCUGGGUUUGUAUGGAGGUGCCUGGGUUUGUAUGGAGCCCUAUUUUUGCCCUUACAGCGAUUGUAGUUACAAUCUUUAGUCUUAGAUGGCCCUCUUCGCUUAAUUGUCCAUAUAUGUCAUGGGCACAGUUUAAAUCUAUUACUAAUGCUGUAAGUUACGCUUCUAUCCUUAAUUCGGCUAUUAUGCCUUGAGAUUCAUCUGUAAUCUCCUUAUAUUUAAUAUAAUUCUCCUUUUUCU